UGGUCCUAUCUUAAGUCGCAAGCAGGGAAAUGUACACGCAGUCCACCCCGAGAUAACGUUAGUAGAUGUUGGUUCAAAACAUUGUCCAAAACUCCAGAUUCAGACACAAACGCCAAAUCGACAGACCGAAGUUGACGAUGCAGAGAACCAGAGGAGGAAGGGUACGGCUAACAAACUCUUCUUGGGAUCAUCUUUGCUCUGCUAGCUACAUGGAUCUUGCACGUCCAUUUAGUUCCGGCUGUGCUGAAACGCACCAGUUUGGCCUGAGAGUGAUCGUGAAAGAAGAGGAUAUAAAAGAGGAGGAAUAUGAUCACAUGAUUACAUGUCCAGAUGAAGAAGAAAAGCCCUUUGUAGAGUUUCACUGUAAAACUGAAACAGACGACACAGACUCACUAAGGUUUUCUUACAAUGAAAUGCUACAGACAAUAGUGAAGGAAGAAGAGGUGAAGAAAGAAGAAGUGAAGAAAGAGGAGGAAGAAGAGGAGGAGGAGGAGAAGGAAGAAGAGGAGGUGCAGCAUGACGAGCCCGGCUGUCUGCUGGAAAGUGUAUCAGAACACCCACAUACCACACGACAGAAGAUCCACGGACAGAAUGAUGACCUCAGCCUGCAACUCAAAGGAAGGCUGCACCACUGCACCGUCUGCAGGAAGAGCUUCACAGCCCUGAGAGAAGCCGAGAAGCAUCGGCAGACACACACUUUCGGCAGAACAGAGCUGAGCACGGACAAAAAGACUCACGACUCUGGAGAGACAUGUUCAGCGUCCACUUCUCGACCUACAAGCCUGACACGGGACAUGCCAGCACACACUGGGGACAAGCGGCCUCACGAAUGUGUCCAGUGUGGAAAAACCUUUAGAAGGUUAGAAAGUCUUCGACGUCAUCAUAUGUUAAUUCACGUGAGAAAGAAGCCCCAUACAUGUGAUCAGUGUGGGAAAGGGUUUAUAGAACGCUCGGAUUUGAAGGCCCACAUGCUGGUAGGCCUUCACACGGGGGAGAAGCCUCACAAAUGUGUCCAGUGUGGAAAAGCUUUUGACAGGUCUACAGAUCUCAAACGCCACAUGCUCAUACACACUGGAGAGAAGCCUCAUAAAUGUGUCCAGUGUGCGAGAGCCUUUUUACGAUUUUCAAGCCUUACAUGUCACAUGCUAACACACACUCGACAGAAACAGCCUCAUAAAUGUGUCCAUUGUAGAAAAGAGUUUUUGCAAAUUUCAGCUCUUAAAACCCACAUGAAAAUGCACACUGGAGAGCAGCUAUAUACAUGUGUCCAGUGUGGAAAAUCUUUUAGAAGGCUGGCAAAUCUUCAACGUCAUAUGUUUAUUCACAAAGGAAAGAAACCUCAUACAUGUGAACAGUGUGGAAAAGGGUUUUCACACGUUUCAGAUUUUAGGGCCCACAUGCUAGGAGGCGUCCACACGGGAGAGAAUCCUCAUAAAUGUGUCCAGUGUGGAAAAGCAUUUGAAAGGUCCACAGAUCUCAAACGCCACAUGCUCAUACACACUAGAGAGAAGCCUCAUAAAUGUGUUCAGUGUGCGAGAGGUUUUUCACAAAUUUCAAAUCUUAAAAAACACAUUCUAGUUCACACUGGAGAGAGGCCUCAUCAGUGUUCCAAGUGUGGAAAAGAAUUCAAACGUUCCUCGAAUCUUCAAAAGCACAUGAUGGUACACGCUGAUGAGAAAUAAAGAAGCCACAGAGAUGUGUGAAAAAGCACCGUUGGUUCCUCGUCUCUAGAAAUGGCAGAUGCUGCUGUUACACUGGACGUUGACUUCAUGAACGUUCUCUGUGCACAAUCGCAGAGACUUUCUAAUGGGGAGACACAGCACUCAAAAGGCCCUCCAAAGGCCAAAAGGUGUUGGGUUGGAUCGUGAGGCCAAUAUGGCGGUUGUCUACCCAUACCCCUGUUGCCUGUAAGGACUGUGAUGUGAUGGGUGAAAAAGCGUUGAUAGUUCCUCGUCUCUAGAAAGGUGUUGGGUUGGAUCGUGAGGCCAAUAUUACCCAAAAUGACCCCAAAUGACCCAAAAUGACCCGGGUCAGACUCCCUGUGGCUCGUGCCCCUUCAGGCCCCCAUUGGAACAGGUGUAGAGCAGCCAGAUGGAGUUGUGUUACCGCGGCACCCUAUUGAAACUCCUUUGAAAGGUAAAACUCUCACACCUCGGGGUAAGACAAUAUCUCACUCUGAGGUGAAACACUUGCAAAUGAAAAAUCUUUACUUUCACUGCUGUGAAAGUGGAAACUUGACAAUGAUCUUUUCUAUGAAAUCUUUAUAUUUUCAUAUAACUGCAAAAAGUUGGAUUCAAUUUGGUAAUUUUUAUUAUCAUAUCUUUUUUUCUGUUUAGCCUCAUUGUUUGUAGCAAGAUCGCCUUGUCUGUACAAAGAUGUGAUCUUGAGUGUUUUCAAUAAAAUAUACUGCUGCUUUACAUUCAA